AUGGAUCAAAGUUACGACCUGGUGGUUGUUGGUGCAGGAUGGUUUGGACUUGCGGCUGCAAAGGCUUGCACAGAGUUGAGGCCAAAUGACAACAUUGCAGUCCUCGAGUCUGCUACUUCUUGCGGUGGAACAUGGGCCGAGCACAGAUUAUACCCCGGACUCAAGUCCAACAACAUGCUGGGCACUUAUGAGUACCCCGACUUCCCCAUGAGCGAAAAGGUCUACGGUGUGAAGCCAGACAACCACAUUCCCGGAGCUGUCCUCAACCGGUAUCUCACAGACUAUGCGCGGCACUUUGGAUUCCUGGACCGCGUAAAAUUCAAGCACCAAGUGGAUGGCGUCGAGUCUCUGCCCGACGGCAGCUGGGUCCUGACAGUGACGACGCCCGAGGGCCAGAAGACGAUUGCGACGGCAAAACUGGUGCUGGCCACUGGUUUGACCUCGACGCCCAACAUGCCCAACUACAAGGGCGCAGAGUCUUUCGAGGCCCCCUUAUACCACGCCAAGGACUUCUGUGACCGGGCCGAUACACUGAAGGGAAUCAAGAACGCCAUUGUGGUAGGUGGAGCCAAGUCGGCCUUUGAUGUCGCCCACGCCUGCGUCGAGGCCGGUGCCACAGUCGACCUCAUCAUCCGACCCGACGGCCACGGACCCGUUUGGAUCGCACCUCCAUUUGUCACGCCCCUGAAGCGUCGUCUCGACAAGCUCCUGUUUGUGCGAUGGAUGACCUGGUUCAGCCCCUGCCCCUGGGGUGAGGAGGAUGGUUACAUCUCGGCGCGCAAGUUCCUUCACGGAACUGCUCUCGGACGUUUCCUGGUCAAGUCUUUCUGGAGCAUCUUGGGCAACGACGUCAUCAAGGCCAACGACUACGACUCUCACCCUGAACUUCAGAAGCUCAAGCCCUGGCAAUCGGCAUUCUGGAUUGGCAGUGGUCUCAGUAUCCUCAACUACAGCACCCCAUUCUUCGACAUGGUCAAGCAGGGCAAGAUCAAGGUGCACAUUCAAAACAUUGACCACCUCGAGGGCAAGAAGUGCCACCUCGAGGAUGGCACCGUCCUGGACGCCGACGUCAUGAUCUGCUCGACGGGCUGGAAGAAGGAGUCGUCGCUCAAGAUCAAGGGUCUCGACGCCGCCGGCCUCAGCCUGCCCGUGUCAGAAAAGGAGCUUGGACAGCUGAACAAGGAGGCCGACGAAAAGGUUCUCGCCAUGUUCCCCAUCCUCAAGGACCAGCCCAAGCUGCGGUUCGAGGAGAAGAAGGGCGAGCCGCUCCGCUUCUACCGCUUCGCCGUGCCGCCGAGCAUGGUCAAGAGCCGCAACCUGGCCUUUGCCGGUAUGAUCUCCACCGUCGGUACCGCCGUGUGCGCCUCCAUCCAGGGCCUCUGGAUCUCCAUGUUCCUGGACGGCAAGCUCGAGCGCAUUGCCAAGACGGACGAGGAGAUCUCGGACGAGGUCAUGCUGCACACCCAGUGGGGUCGCUGGAGAUACCCCUGCGGCUACGGUGCCAGCUUGCCCGACUUUGUCUUUGACUCGCUGCCGUUUGUGGACCUGCUGCUCAAGGACAUUGGUCUCAACAACCACCGCAAGGGCGGCAUGAUUGCCGAGCUCACCACCCCUUACGCUCCCGGUGACUUUGCUGGUCUGUUCCAGGAAUGGCAGCAGAAGCACCCCGACGUGAAGAACUAG